AUGCAAUUGCUUUGUACUUAGAGAGGUCUGAAAGAAUAAAAGAAAAAAGAAAAAAAAAACAUUGAGUGUCACAUAGGUAGAUAAUGGGAGCUGACGAGAUUGAAGAAAUUUCUGACAAUAUAGAACUCAUUGGUGGUGGUAUAACUGAAAGGGUACCUCAGAAUGGUUCAUUGAGUGGACGUUUCAACAAAAUGGUAAGCAGAAGAAAAGUUAAGAUAAGCUCGAAGGAACAAAAUGAAGAAGAAAAUGAAUGUGCUCAGAUCACUUUGGAUAUUCCAGGUGACUCUGCUGUUAGUGUUGAACCUCUUGCUGGAAAUAAUGAUCGUGGAGAAGAUGGAAAACUGGAUUUGCUUAGCAAAAGAAUAGAGAAGAAAAGGUCUCAUUUGAAGCAAGUGUCUAAGGAGCUGAAGCGUAAAGUUGGAACUGAAAAAAAGAAGUAUGAUAGGACUACGUCUGCAGCUUCUAAUGCUCUCAAAGGACUUAACUUUAUCACCAAAGCUGCUCGUGAUGAUGGAUGGGAAAAGGUUUAUGGGGAGUUUUAUAGGCUUACUAAAAAAACAAAUAGGUUACUUCCUCGUUCUAUGUUUGCCGAAUGCAUAGGCAUGAAGAACUCUAAGACCUUUGCAGAUGAGCUUUUAAAUGUUAUUUCUAAGAGGAGGGAGAUUGAUGGAGAUCCACUUAAUGAGGCAGAGUUGAAGGAAAUCUGGGAAGCGAUUUCUGACGACAGAUAUGAUACUAGGCUCAAAACAUUCUUUGACAUGAUUGAUAAAGAUGCUGAUGGCAGAAUUACUGAGGAUGAAAUUAAACAGAUUAUUAUCCUAUGCGCCGGUACAAACAGACUCGCAAGCAUAGAGAAUCAUGCAGGGCAAUAUGCUGCUUUGAUCAUGGAAGAACUAGAUCCUGAUGGAUUAAGAUUUAUCACGUUAGAUCAAUUGGAGAUGCUCUUGUUACAUGGAUCAACUAAUUUUACAACAUUAGAUAGUAAGGACCUGAACAAAAUGCUUAGUAGCAUAAAGCCUAAGCCCAGAUAUGAAGGCGGUGUUGGGAAGCGGUGUAUGGAUACCAUCUACUUUCUGCCGGACAGUUGGAAGAGAAAUUGGAUAUUAGUAUUGUGGAUUGGAGUUAUGUUAGGUCUAUUUGCCUACAAAUUUGUGCAGUAUCGAAGAAAAGCUGCUUAUGAGGUGAUGGGCCAUUGUGUUUGCAUGGCUAAAGGUGCAGCUGAGACACUCAAAUUGAACAUGGCUCUUAUCUUGUUACCUGUUUGCCGAAACACUGUUACAUGGCUCAGGAGCAAGACCAAGCUAGGCAUUGUUGUUCCUUUUAAUGACAACCUCAACUUCCACAAGGUAAUAGCUGUGGCAGUAGCAAUUGGAGUUGGUAUACAUGCUAUUUAUCAUCUUGCUUGCGACUUUCCACGCCUUCUUCAUGCAAAUAGUGAAAAGUACAAGCUCAUGGAACCAUUUUUUGGAAAGCAAGCAACAAAUUAUUGGCAUUUUGUGAAAUCAUGGGAAGGAGUAACAGGGAUUAUAAUGGUUGUUUUAAUGGCAAUAGCCUUCACGACGGCUAGUCCUUGGUUAAGGAAAAGAAAGGUCGAAGAACCCAAAACACCCAAUUGCCUCCAACCCCUCCUCAAUAGUGUAACUGGUUUCAAUGUCUUUUGGUACACUCAUCAUCUCUUUGUAUUUGUCUAUGCACUUUUGAUUGUGCAUGGAUUCAAACUUUACUUUACCAAGGAAUGGUACAAGAAAACGACUUGGAUGUAUUUGGCUAUUCCCGUCACCAUUUAUGCAUUGGAAAGACUGACUAGAAUACUCAGACCACGCAUCAAAUCUGUCAAAAUAUUACAGGCGGUUGUUUAUAAAAAGGAUCUCAAUUCUCGUGGAGACGUGUUGGGGCUUCGUGUGUCAAAACCUGAGGGGUUUAGAUACAAGAGCGGACAAUACAUGUUUGUAAAAUGUGCUAAUGUCUCUCCAUUUGAAUGGCAUCCAUUUUCUAUAACCUCCGCCCCAGGGGAUGACUACCUUAGCGUUCACAUCAAGGAGAACGGUGACUGGACCAACAGUCUCAUAAAAGAAUUCUCCAAGUCGAAGUGUUGUCUUCGAUCAAUCCAUGGGCAGAGUGAACUUCUAAUGGAUGAACAUAACAGCUCAAGUACCCCACUCCCUAAAGUUUUGGUUGACGGUCCUUAUGGAGCGCCUGCACAAGACUACAAAAAAUAUGAGGUGGUUUUACUUGUGGGACUGGGAAUUGGGGCUACCCCAAUGAUAAGUAUAGUAAAGGACAUAUUGAAUAAUAUCAAGGCCAAGGAAGAGGAGGAAAGGAUCACUAAUAUGGAGGAGGGAACAAUUGGUAAAUCAUCAAGACCAUCAGAACACAAGAAAACUGAUUUGAGUAACUUUAAAACUAGAAAGGCUUAUUUUUACUGGAUGGCUGGUGAACAAGGUUUCUUUGAUUGGUUUAAAGGGGUAAUAAAUGAGGUGGCUGAAGAGGAUCACAAGAAAGUAAUUGAGAUACACAGUCACUUGACUAGUGUAUAUGAAGACGGUGAUGCUCGCUCUGCUCUUGUUACUGUCCUUCAAUCACUAAACCAUGCUAAAGAAGGUUUGGAUAUCUUAAAUGGAACACCCAUCGCGUCUUACUUUGCACGACCCAAUUGGCGCAGUGUCUACAAUAGGAUUGCAAAUAAUCAUCCACAAAAACGCAUUGGAGUGUUUUACUGUGGAGCACCGGCACCUAUUAAAGAACUUCGUGGGUUAGCUUUGGAAUUUUCUCAGGAGAGAGCCCCCAAAUUUGAUUUUCACAAGGAGAAUUUCUAGAAAGAUAAACAUUAAUUAUUGAAGAUCAAAAAGGACGGGAACAAAGACGGUCUUUCACUUUUAUCCCACUACUAUAUGGGAGUAAUUGUUUCACGGUUGAAUGUUGAAUCUAAACUAAAAAGUAUGUUUCAAUUAUACUGUAUUCUCUCUGCUGUUUCUUUUAGUUGAGGUUUGUUAUUAUUAUACAUUUUAUAAUUGAUGAAAUUAUUUGUUUUUUCUUUGGGUACA